AUGAUUUAUAGAUUUCAGUUAAUUGCUAUUGAUGAAGUGCACUGCUGCUCAAAAUGGGGACAUGAUUUCCGACCAGAUUUUAAAUUUCUAAAUGUCUUAAAGCGUCAGUUUCGCGGUGUACCUUUACUUGGUUUAACUGCUACGGCUACUGAUGACGUGAUCGAUGAUGUAAGGAACAUGCUGGGGAUCCCAGAAGCUGUUAUCUUUCGCGCGGGCUUCAAUCGACCUAAUUUGCAUUAUAGUGUGCUACAGAAACCUUUAUCGAAUGUUGAAUUUAAGAAUGUGCUAAUGAAAAUGCUGAAGACUCGAUUUGCUAAACUUAGUGGAAUUAUUUAUUGCUUCUCACGAAAAGAUUGUGAAGAACUCACGAAGUAUUUGCGUAGCAAAGGUAUCAAAGCUGCAUAUUAUCAUGCUUUCAUGGAUAGUCAGCAGAGAAGUUCCACGCAUGAAAAGUGGCUAAGUGGAGAAAUCAGUAUCAUUGUUGCUACUGUCGCAUUUGGUAUGGGUAUCGACAAGCCUGAUGUUCGUUUUGUUAUACAUCAUUCUUUACCGAAAUCGUUAGAAAAUUACUAUCAGGUUUUUCCUUGA